AUGAGUAACGAGAAGAAAGAAGUCGUUGAGAGCAGCGGUUCUAGGAUUGCUGAGACCAACUUAAAAGAAGGUGGAUCUCCUUCUGUACGGUGUCCGAUGCUGAGUAACACAAAUCAUACGGUGGGGUCCAUGAAGAUGAAGGAAGGUGAUACAAUUGAUGAGUUCGUAGGGAAACUUUCGGAAAUCUCCUCCAACUCUGCUGCUCUUGGAGAAACUAUUGAUGAACCAAAACUAGUAAAAAAGUUUCUCAAUAGUUUACCUCCAAGAAGAUUCAUACACAUUAUUGCUGCUCUUGAGCAAGUUCUUGACCUUAACAAGACCAGCUUUGAAGAUAUUGUGGGGAAAUUAAAAGCCUAUGAAGAAAAGAUUGGUAAAGAAGAAGAAGAGCACCAUGACGAUCCAAGCAAACUAAUGUUUGCUAACACAGGCACACCACAACAAUACCAAGGGGCUCACGGUGGUAACAGAGGAAGAGGACGAGGGGGUCGUUCUAAUUGGAGAGGAAGAGGUCGAGGAAGAAACGGAGGCUAUCAAGAUGGAAACUUUAGAGAGUUGAGCGAUGAAGAGUAUCUCGCUGGAAUUACGUGCUUUCGAUGUGAUCAACAAGGGCAUUACGCCUCCGACA